CCCUCCCCCGUCACUUCCUGCCGGGCUGCGGGCGCAGGAGCGGCUCUUCAGCGUUUGCGCCGGCCGCGGCCGCGUCUCUCUCGGCUUCCCCGUUUCCUCGGACCCCCCUUCCUCCCCCGGCCCGGCGGCGCCCGCCUCCUCCGCGGCCUCUCCGCCUCUUCCCCCUCCGUCCCUUCCUCCUCUCCCUCUUCCUUCCUCCUUCCCCGCCUCGCCGCCGCCGCCCAGGACCGCCGGCCGGGGGACGAGUCGGGCAGCAGCCAGGUAUUUACAGUACAGUUCACUGUUGGAGAUGAACUCUGGGGAACUGAAGGAACUAGUAUUUCAGAAGCCAGUACACAGCUGCUGCCAAAGAAACACCAUUUCCUAACUUCCAGUCUACCUUUUCCUAGGGAAGGAAAGAGUGUAGAAAGCAUAACUCCUAUCGUUGAGCUAAAUGCGCUGUGCAUGAAACUGGAGAAGCCAAUGUAUAAGCCUGUUGACCCUUACUCUAGGAUGCAGUCCACCUACAACUACAGCAUGAGAGGGGGUGCUUACCCCCCAAGGUACUUUUACCCAUUUCCAGUUCCACCUUUACUUUAUCAAGUUGAACUUUCUGUGGGAGGACAGCAGUUUAAUGGGAAAGGAAAGACGAGACCGGCCUCAAAACAUGAUGCUGCCGCCAAAGCCGUGCGCGUCCUGCAGAGCGAGCCCCCGCCAGAGAGGCUGGAGAUUAAUGGAAGAGAAUCUGAAGAAGAAAAUCUCAAUAAGUCUGAAAUAAGUCAAGUAUUUGAGAUUGCACUUAAACGGAACUUACCUGUGAAUUUCGAGUCUUUCCCUCUGCCACAGGUGGCCCGGGAGAGCGGCCCACCCCACAUGAAGAGCUUUGUCACCAGGGUUUCGGUUGGGGAGUUUGUAGGGGAAGGUGAGGGUAAGAGCAAGAAGAUCGCCAAGAAGAACGCGGCCAGAGCCGUGCUGGAGGAGCUCAAGAAGCUGCCGCCAUUGCCUACGGUGGAGAGGGUGAAGCCCAGAAUCAAAAAGAAAACCAAAGCCCCGAGCAAGCCACAGACCGGCCCAGAAUACGGCCAGGGGAUGAACCCGAUCAGCAGGCUGGCCCAGAUCCAGCAGGCCAAAAAGGAGAAGGAGCCGGAGUACGUGCUGCUCCUGGAGCGAGGCCUCCCUCGCCGCAGGGAGUUCGUGAUGCAGGUGAAGGUGGGCAAUCACACCGCAGAGGGCGCGGGCACCAACAAGAAGGUGGCCAAGCGCAACGCCGCCGAGAACAUGCUGGAGAUCCUGGGGUUCAAGGUCCCGCAGACGCAGCCCGCCAAGCCUGCGCUCAAGUCCGAGGAGAAGACGCCCGUGAAGAAGCCGGGGGACGGAAGGAAAGUGACCUUUUUUGAGCCUGGGACGGGGGAGGAGAACGGGACGAGCCACAGGGAGGACGAGUUCCGGACGCCCCACCUCAGCCACCCGCAGCUGCCCGCCGGCAUCCUCCCCAUGGUGCCCGAGGUGGCCCAGGCCGUGGGCGUCAGCCAAGGACAUCACACCAAAGACUCCCCCCGCGCCGCCCCGAACCCCGCCAAGGCCACGGUAACUGCCAUGAUAGCCCGAGAGUUGUUGUACGGGGGCACCUCGCCCACAGCCGAGACCAUUUUAAAGAAUAACAUCUCUUCAGGCCACGCACCCCACGGACCCCUCACAAGACCCUCUGAGCAGCUGGACUUCCUGUGCAGAGUCCAGGGGCUCCAGGUUGAAUACAAAGACUUCCCCAAAAACAACAAGAAUGAGUUUGUGUCUCUAAUCAACUGCUCCUCCCAGCCGCUCCUCAUCAGCCACGGCAUCGGCAAGGACGUGGAGUCCUGCCACGACAUGGCUGCGCUGAACAUCCUGAAGCUGCUGACGGAGCUGGACCAGCAGAGCGCGGAGGUGCCGAGGACGGGCAGCGGGCCGCUGGCAGUGUGUGGGAGGUGCUGAACCCUACCUGGCCCGAGCCACGAACCCCAGCAUAGACACUGAGAAUACUGAACCUGCUUUGAACAUUUGGACUCUGAUCUCUGCGGUGGCGGCGUGGAGAGAGCGGCGGCCAUGGAGACGGAGAGGCCCGAGCCGGCGCCUCCCUCCUGAUGGUUGCUGUGGCCGCGUGUUGACAGCGCAUGGCCGUCACUGGCCCGCGGAGGUUUGGGACAAUCCUGGACAGAGGCCUUACUCGCUCCAGCCGAAAGUACCAGAGAAAAUCCAAUGCUUCCUGCUCGGUGUGGCCCAACUCUGGGGGACCCUGGCCCGCCGGCCCCCCUCCCACACCUCCCCCACUGCUUCCUCUUCCCAGUGAUUCGUAUUCUUGGUUUCCUUAUUUCCUUUUUGAUUGAUAAGACACUAUAUAAACUUUUCAUUCGAGAGUUUCUCUAUUGUAUCUAGUUCUCUAGCACACGUUAGAACCUUGUCCGAGGCUGACAUUACCAUAUCCUAACCGGCAGAGCCGCAGCCAUGGCACACGUUUACCAGACUAAGCCGGGACAGCCGAGCGGCGCCAAGGGGCCGCGGUCCUGGGCCUCGGCGCCCCGAAGCCCCGACUAGUGCAUGAAUUGGACAGUGUAGCAAGUCUGGACCCACCGUCACCCGCUCCGUCUGAUUGUUAACGCGGCAGGACUCACACACGAGCCUUCGUGGGGAAGAUGAUUAGUGAAAUUGUGUCCACAUUGCCCUCGAGGAAGCCUUGCCGCACGCGGGGGGUCACCUGGGCCUGCUCCGUGCGGAGCCUCCGCGCCGCGGGGGUGGGGAGUGGGGGGGAGGCAGUGGCUGCGUGCAGCUGGGUUGCUGUUGGUAUGCUGUUGUGCGCAGGUGUGUGUGCGCGUGUGUGUGCAGGUGCGAGGCACAGUAGUAGCCUUGCUAGUUAAGUACUACUCAGUUUAUGCUGGAACUUUCUCUCCCCAUGGAAUGUAAGGAAAAAAAAUGUCAUCCACAAAUGGUAAUACUAAAUUUUUUUUGUUAAUUUAUUUUCAAAUGCCACUACUGCUAGGUCGAUCCCUCCAAUUCAGCCCUUUUCCCUUUUUUAAAGGAAAAAUUUGUAAUGCUUGUGAUUCCGUCUGGGCAAUUAUCUGACGAUCUGAAAUAACUUUAUAUCAAACCAUUGAUCAAUAAACAGCUACUAAUGAA